AUGCUCGGUGAUUGGUUGGAAGACAGUGGCUGGACAAGUGCGCUGGUAGAGGCAGGGAUUGCGAACCCGGGAGUGGCAAAUUCAUUCGUCAAGGCCUCGAAUGUCAAGCGUGCAAGGCGUGCUCAUCAGCUAACAGCAAGUGCGUUGUAUGCAUUGCUCAACAAAGCAUAUGCCGAGAGAGAAGAAGAAAUGGCAUUGGAACAUACUCCAUCCUUCGACAAAUGGUGCGAAGAAAGGAUGUCAAGUUCACCGCACUUUCAGUUCUGGCAUAUUGCAUUACAACUGGAAUUACUUUACUUGGUAUUUGUGCGCUCAUUUCGAGAAUCAGAUUUCGAGUUGUAUCUAGAUGCAAUUCAGAAAUUAGCAGCUUGGUGUUUUGCUUUAGAUCACACAAAUUACGCCAGAUGGCUUCCAAUCCACUUGCAGGACAUGCUGUCCCUUGAAUAAAAAUAUCCAUAUGUAUAUCAUCAGUUCCUGAACAAUGGAUUCGUUGUUCAGAAGACGUCAAGAAGGUUCUCAUCAAUAGCUGUUGAUCAAGCCCACGAGCAAAACAAUGCUUUGGUUAAAGGAGAUGGGGGAGCUAUCGGGCUCACGGAGAACCCUGGUGCACUUCGUCGGUGGAUGAUUUCAGGACCUGAAAUUGCGAGAAUGAUUACAGAGUUUGAAGAUGAUACAGCGCUUAUCACAGACGAGAAGACAGAUCAAGCAAAGCACCACGAAGAGAGACACGGAGUUCAAAUCUCGUUUGCUAAGGAUGUCAAAGCAUUAGUCCGUGUAAUGGAAGAUAUGGGUAAUCCAUUCUUAGAGGAAAGUACCGAUCUACUUGUUCUGGACACUAGGACUAUAGCAGAUGCCUCCGUGGUUGCAACCGUGCGUCAGAUUGAAGCUGUUGGUAAAGAUCAACUGGAUACAUAUUUCAAGGAAUGCUUGACCCAAGAAAAACGAAGCAUAUAUGAGCCGAUCAAGAAGAAUAAAUAUAAGUUAUUUAGCAGUCCACCUCCAAAGAUCCCUUCAAAGGACAAGCAACAGAUAGCAAUGCUCAAGAGUGACUGUGCCCUCUUUUCCAGAUUAUACAUUGCUUGUCAAACAAGAGACGGUGAUUUGGACGAAUUUUUCGAGCAUGAAAAUCAAGGUUGUCCACCAUCACUGUCGCAACAUGGAAAUCUGCGUUUGCCAGGAAACAAGUCAGAUCUGCUGCAAUGCAUAGAAGCAGUCAUUCCUGCUGUCGCUGAUUCUCCAAACUCUAUAGAUGUCACUAUUAUAGACGGCGCCGCUGCAAUUAACAUGCUUAAACCCACGCCCGCAGUGAAAACCUUCCACGAUUAUGCUGAACAUGUGUUUAUUCCUUACAUCAAAGGACAGUUACAGCACGCAAAGAGAGUUGAUGUAGUAUGGGAUGAGUAUACACCAAAUAGCCUAAAAGAAACAACGAGGAAAAAACGUGGAACAGGCAUCCGCAGAAGAGUCCAGUCAUCAACAAAGCUGCCAAGCAAAUGGCAUGAAUUUCUCCGAGUGAAUGAAAAUAAGACGGAACUAUUUGCAUUUUUAACAAACCACAUCCUUUCCGCUGAUUUUGGAAGUAACAAGCAGGUUAUCAGUACCCUCGGUCAACAAGUUCUCUGCAAUCCGCCUCGUGAUAACACAAACAGCCUCGCUCCUUGUAACCACGAAGAAGCAGAUACAAGAAUGAUGGUUCACGUCGCAGACGCCGUUCAAAGAGGAUUAACAAAAAUACUUUUACGAACGGUAGAUACAGAUGUUGUCGUAAUUGCGAUCGCAGUCUCACACACAUUGAGUACUUCCGAGUUGUGGAUAGCUUUUGGCGUGGGGAAAAACCUAAGAUUCCUACCUGUUCAUGAAAUUGCCUCGAGUUUGGGUCCCGAAAAAUCAAAAGCUCUGCCGAUGUUUCAUGCAGUUACAGGCUGUGAUACAGUUUCAUCUUUUUCUGCUAAAGGCAAGAAAACAGCAUGGAAGACGUGGCUCUCAUAUCACGAGGUUACAUCUGCUUUUCACCUCCUGUCUGACCGACCAGAAAGUGUAACGGAUGAGUGCAUGGACAUCCUCGAGCGAUUCACCGUCCUUCUUUACGACCGAACAUGUCCGAAAAUGAAAGUCAACGAGGCACGUAAGAUGUUGUUCGCAGAGAAAGGAAGGUCUCUUGAGUUGAUCCCUCCUACCCGAGCAGCCUUGGUUCAACAUGUGAAAAGAGCCGUCUAUCAAGGAGGAUAUUGCUGGGGACAAGCUACGACUCCUAUGGCUCUUUUGCCUUCCCCCAGUGAGUGGGGCUGGUUGCAAACCGCAGGCGGUUGGAAACCAUUUUGGAGCACUCUUUCUGAUGUGUCAAUGACGUGCAAUGCCCUUGUACGCUGUGGUUGCAAGAAAGGGUGUCGAGGAAAUUGCUCUUGUCGUAAAGCAGCUUUGCAAUGUACUGCACUGUGUGCAUGUGAUGGCGAGUGCAUAAAAGAAUGA